AUGUGUUCUACAGCUCCGAGGAGGACCUGCAGGUACUCAUUCGUCAUGAGUCAAGGCGACCGUAAUGACAAUGUUGGGAAGGAUAUCGAAGUUUCUUCCAUGAGUGCGGCGCUGGCGACUCCUUUAGUCGAUCUGCAUGCAUGUGGGAUCUGUUUCCAGCUGUAUGAUGAAUCCGAACGAUUACCGAAGGUGCUCUCAUGCGGUCACACGAAUUGCCUUACAUGUUUGAGUAGCUGGGUGAAGCAUAGUUCGUCACCAUUUCCUGUGUGUUCUAUUUGUCGAAGAGUUACUCGCAAACCAGUGAGGCUGCUGCCUAAUAAUUUCCAACUUCUACAAGUACUACGGAGAAUGAAGCUAACUUCUGCGGAAUCACAGGAGACUGUGCCAGACGAACAGCAGAAUAUAUGUUCAACAGAGACUGACAAUACUUCCCUCGAAAUGUCUGCAGUGUGCGACCAAGUUGAUGAGCAUAUGCAUGAGAUAGCAUCGCUAUUGGAAAAUCAAAUGGAUGCUCUCAGCUUGAAUCAAGAAGAUUCAGUAUCUAGCGAUCAGGGUCUGCUAUUUCGUAUGAUUGAGAAUUCUAUUGCGGAUCUACUGUCGCGAUGGGAGUCAACGAAAAGCUACAUGUUAGUUGCUGAAAAACGGAAAACCGACCGCUCUUCUUCACAGGAAAGUAUUUCUAUGCCCACAGCUCUUAGUGAGAUAUCUGCUGUAUUAUAUGACGCGCUUCAUGACGAAAUCCCAAGUGUACUGGAUUUCUUGCCGUUUCGAGUGCCUUCAAUUGAUGAUGUGCGGGUACCUCCUUCAGAAACUAGUCAGUUGGACGGCGUCUAUGAUUAUUUCGGUGGUGAAGAAUCUGACACCCUGACGCAUGCUUACUCAGACUUCUCCCUUUUUGGUAGUGAAAGUCGUGAUACUGCAGUAAGCACUAGCCAAUCAUCAUCACGAGAAGGCCUUUCUUAUUUCGUUGGUUGGGAAGAGAGUUCAGUUUUUCCCCAUAUAUCGACUUUCCAUGGACCUGUCACCACCUACUCACGCUGUUCUCUGUGCCAGUGCCGUUUAUCGACAAGUUUCGCCAGUCACCAAACACACGUUCGUGGCAGACGUCACCAACAGGCGAUUGGAGGCUUGACUAUUACGAAUCCAUCCAGAAGACUACGACGACGACCUCAAGAUGAAUCAACUCAAAACAAUGGUUCUUCUAUUAAUCAAAGUAAUCGGCCUUCCAGCGCCAGUACAGGCGUAGCUGCUGCUCGUUCUUACGAGCCAACUUCUGCCCUAGCGUCUGGAAGGAGAAAUAAUUCGGAAGGGUCUAUGGAUCAAAUGCACUCCUCUCAUCAAGAGAGCAAUCCUAGACAUUCAAGAAGCAGUCGAAGAAAUGGAAGAGUUCUCAUGCGAGAUGAACCAAGUUUUCAAAAUUACAAUUCGCAAAGAAACAAUCAAGCGUCAGGAGCACAGAGAGGUGCACGCACUAUGGGGCAAACUAGUCGACGGAACACCACAAGGACGCCAAUUUCUCGGCAUUCGGACAAUGCAGAACCUAACGGAGGAAAUCAAAACAGUUGGAUGGCGUAUCUCAUAUAUCCAGUCGAGGUUCUACACUGUUAUUCUUUUACCAGUCUGAACGUGCUGCUAAUGCCGGACUUCAGACUUUCAGUGGUGUUCGCUUCGCUCACCUUCACUGAUCGACAGAAAUUAAUAGUAGUGGCAUUUUGGUAA